AGGUGUUGUUUGGUGUAGCAUUAGCUGGCAUAAGGUUGUAUGAAAAGCUCAUCUCAAAGUCAUCAACGGCCCAAAAUACAUUGAAAACUAAAGAAAAAGCAAAGAUUUUUCUCAUUCCUCUGCCAUUAUCUCUCAUCGAUUUGAAUUUACCCGUGUUCUACAUUUCGGGAUUAGGGUUUUUUUUUCUUGAGUAAGAAAAGAUUGUGUUUUGAUUCUUGGGAAUGGCUGGGAUUUGACGAACAAGUAAAAAAAGGUUUGAGUUUGUGAAAUUUGCGGCGGAGAUGAGUGCUUCGAGGUUUAUAAAGUGUGUCACCGUCGGCGAUGGUGCCGUCGGAAAAACCUGUAUGCUGAUUUCUUACACAAGCAACACUUUCCCUACGGACUAUGUUCCAACUGUUUUCGACAACUUCAGUGCUAAUGUGGUUGUAGAUGGGAACACGGUGAAUCUUGGAUUGUGGGAUACAGCUGGUCAAGAAGACUAUAACAGGUUAAGACCGUUGAGUUACCGUGGUGCCGAUGUCUUCAUUCUUGCAUUCUCCCUUAUUAGCAAGGCUAGCUAUGAGAAUGUAGCCAAGAAGUGGAUUCCUGAGCUCAGGCAUUAUGCCCCUGGUGUUCCCAUAAUCCUUGUUGGAACAAAACUCGAUCUUCGAGAUGACAAGCAAUUCUUCAUAGACCAUCCUGGUGCAGUGCCUAUUACUACAAACCAGGGAGAGGAACUAAAGAAACUGAUAGGAUCUCCAAUCUACAUUGAAUGUAGUUCAAAGACGCAGCAGAAUGUGAAAGCAGUCUUUGACGCAGCCAUAAAAGUGGUGCUUCAGCCACCGAAACAGAAGAAGAAGAAAAAGAACAAGAACCGCUGCGUGUUCUUGUGAUCGAACAUCUUUUAAAAGGAAAAAGAUUUAGGUAACAAACGAAGCUGAAAAAGAAAAACACCAGCAACGUUGUAUAGUUGUUGAAUCCGGCUUGUUUCGGUCUUUACUCUUCUUUUUUUGCUGGUGUAUCUAAUGAGUGAAGUGAGGCCAAGAGGAUUCUGGGUAAGAGAAGGGGAUGAGUUCUUGGUGUGCUGUUGUUGUUGUUGUACUUUUGCUAUGUAGACUAAUCUCUUAAUACUGUUUUUGUCUUUGUUAUUGUUGUUGGGAUCCAUUUUGUAUUUUCUUAACAGAUGAACUUAAUUAAUUUUAUAGUGACUUUUUUCAAGCUCACAA